AUGCCCGCGCUGUCCACAGUGCGCGUUCGGUUCAGCGGUGCCAUCCUCACGAGGGAUCAAAUGCUUCCUGGUAGUGAUAUCGUUACAUUCCCGUUCUUCUUCAUGUCCAACAUGGUGCUGCCUUUCGCCAUCGCGGCAUCUCUGGUGGCUGCAGCCGUCGCGUACUUCACGUCCCCAACUGAGCAGGAUCGAGCGGUGUGCGAGCUGCCGACACCCCGCAGUACGCUGCCGGUGCUCAAGAACACGCUGGACCUGACCAUCAGGCAGCGCGCAAGGAUCUACGACUGGAUCCUGGAGCAGUGUCGCGAGCAUGGCGGACGACCGUGGCGCGUGCGCGUGUUGGGUCGACCGCCUGCAGUCAUUUUGAGCUCGCCCGAGGCCAUGGAGGGCGUCCUCAAGACGCAGUUCGACGUGUUCGUCAAAGGCUCCGCCGUCGCCGAGAUAUCUCACGAUCUGCUGGGUGAAGGUAUCUUCACAGUGGACGGCAGCAAGUGGAGGCACCAACGCAAGGCUGCAAGCCACUUUUUCUCCAUGAACAUGAUCAAACACGCCAUGGAGCACGUGGUGCGCGACCACAGCGCGUUGUUAGCUGUCAAGUUGAGGGCGGCGGCCGACAACGGCGAGACGCUCAACAUCAAGCGCGUGUUCGACUUCUUCACCAUGGAUAUCUUCACCAAGAUCGGCUUCGGCGUGGAGCUCAAGGGGCUGGAGACCGGCGGCAACUGCGACUUCAUGGAGGCUUUCGAGCGCGCGUCGAGGCGUAUCAUGGCGCGCUUCCAGCAGCCAAUGUGCGUCUGGAAGCUCGCGCGUUGGCUCAACGUCGGCGCGGAGAGACAAAUGGCCGAGGACAUGAAGCUCAUCAACGGGGUCGUAUACGACGUCAUUCAUCGCAGCUUGGAGGGGAACGACAAACGUUCCUCAUGCAGCGGACGCAAAGACCUUGUCUCGCUCUUCCUGGAGAAGGCAAGCGUCGAGUACGCAGCCGACGACCAUACGGAGAUGACUCCGACGAUGCUGCGGGAUAUGUCCAUGGUCUUCAUCUUCGCUGGGCGCGACUCGACGUCACUCACGAUGACGUGGUUCAUCAUCGAGAUGAACCGCCAUCCAGAGGUUCUAGCUAACGUGCGACGCGAGCUCGCCGACAAGCUGCCAAAACUGGGAAUGGACGACACGGAGACGCCCAGUGUGGAGGACAUCGACCAGCUCGUGUACUUGGAAGCGGCCAUCCGCGAGUGCAUUCGUCUGAACCCGGUGGCGCCGGCCAUGCAGCGCACUGCAGCUCAAGACACGACACUAUACAACGGAACCGUCAUCAAGGCCGGCACGCGUGUUAUCCUGCCGCACUAUGCCAUGGGCCACCUCGAGACGGUGUGGGGGCCAGACGCAGAGGAGUUCAAGCCUGAGCGCUGGAUCGACGCGGACACAGGCAAACUGCUCCACGUGUCUCCGUUCAGGUUCACAGCCUUCCUGGCUGGCCCGCGCAUGUGUCUGGGCAUGCGCUUCGCCCUCGCCGAGAUGAAGAUCACGCUGGCCACGAUCCUCAGCAAGUUCGACCUCCAGACCGUGGAAAACCCAGAUGGCUUCACUUACAUCCCGUCCGUCACCUUGCAGGUUAAGGGCCCCGUAGACGUCGCGAUCACUAGAGCGCAUGCAUAG